AUGGUCAGCUCCUGCUGUGGCUCUGUCUCCUCUGGCUGCUGCCAGCCCAGCUGUUGCCAGUCCAGCUGCUGCCAGCCCAGCUGCUGCCAGUCCAGCUGCUGCCAGCCCUGCUGCUGCCAGUCCAGCUGCUGCCAGCCCUGCUGUGGCCAGUCCUCCUGCUGCUGCCCACCCAGGUGCUGCCUGCCAGUCUCCUGCCAAACCACCGUGUGCCGCCCAGUGAGCUGUGUGCCCAGGUGCAGCCGCCCCAUUUGUGACACCUGUUGCCCCCGUCGCUGCUGUCCCCCUUGCUGUGGACAAGACGGCUGCUGCUGCCCCAUCUCCUGCUGCCCCACCUCUUGCACAGCUGUGGUCUGCAGACCUUGCUGCUGGGCUUCCACCUGCUGCCAGCCCAUUUCUGUGCAAUCUCCUUGCUGCAGACCCCCCUGCUGCCAGCCAGCCCCCUGCCGCACCACCUGCCACAGCUGCCCCACUUGCUGCUCCUCCUGCUGCUGAGCCUCACUAGCUACUAACAGAAGGCAGAAUUAUUUUUUCAACAAAUCCCGCUACCUUCUACCAUGUCCCUCUCUACCCAUUACAAGUUCCACUGCCCUCUACUAUGAGGUUUUUUUGUGGUUUCUUGAAAAGUGGCUCAUCUAUUGACCAUCUUACAAGAACUAAUCCAACUCUAGAUGAAAUACUUACUUCCUCCCACCUCAACUGUAACAGAUGGCUGCCAACUAGAGACCUAGUUGGGAAAAUUGUUGCAGAAAUCACUAAUGUUUUUCAAGAGGUUUGUUGAUGCUGAAUAGGAAACCAAACUUUUUAAUAAGAAUGAAGAUCUCUACUUUACCCUAAUAUAUUUGAUUAUUUCAUCAAAUAAUGCUCUAGCCCACUGACCUGCCUCACCUAUCCUCACAACAGCUUGUGCUUUAGAUUGUGCUGUCCUCUCUCUUCUCCAAUAAACUUGUCUUU